GCGCAGUCACAUCCACUCACACGUGUGCACCAUGCCCACCAAGAAUGUCACCGAUGAGCGACUGGCCAAGUUCAAAAACAAAGGCAAAGAUCCCGCAAAACUAAGGGAGAAGAGAAUAACUGUGAACGUGGAGUUACGUAAAGCUCACAAAGAUGAGAACUUUAUGAAAAGGAGACACAUCACUCUCUCGUCUCUGCCUGAUGAAGAGGCCCUGUCUCCGGAGUGUGUCAGCGGUGACAAGGUCACCCCUUACUCCAUUGAAGAUAUAAUCAAAGAUGUAAAAAGUAACAGCAGGGAGAGUCAGACUCGGGGCUGUCAGGCGGCCAGGAAACUCCUUUCUCAAGAGCGAAACCCUCCUCUGAAAGAGAUCAUAGAUGCUGGGCUGCUCUCUCGUUUUGUGUCCUUCUUGAGUAUGGACGAUGAGCCCACUCUUCAGUUUGAAGCUGCCUGGGCCCUCACAAACAUCGCCUCUGGGACUUCAUGGCACACCCAACAGGUGGUGGAACACGGGGCUGUGCCGGUUUUCAUUGCUCUCUUGGCUUCACCUCUGCUGCACAUCAGUGAGCAGGCGGUCUGGGCACUUGGCAAUAUUGCAGGUGAUGGUCCACGUUACCGUGAUGUUCUCAUAGACUGUAAUGUGAUUCCUGCUCUGCUUUCCCGCAUCUCUCCAGACACGCCAGUUGGCUAUUUGCGUAAUUUGACUUGGACCCUGUCCAACUUGUGUCGAAAUAAAAACCCCUCUCCACCCAUGUCUGCUGUGCAGCAGAUGCUUCCCUCACUCAUCCAGCUGCUUCAUCUCAGUGAUAAGGACAUCUUGUCUGAUGCCUGUUGGGCCAUGUCAUACUUGUCGGAUGGAGACAAUGACCGCAUAGAUGUAGUUGUAAAAACUGGCGUAGUCCCUCGGUUGGUUGAGCUUAUGGGCCACAGCGAGCUCAGUGUUAUGACCCCAUCUCUGCGCUCCAUUGGGAACAUUGUGAGUGGAUCAGACACACAGACUCAAGCUGUCAUCGACGCCGGGGUGUUAAAUGUUCUGCCCCAACUCAUGAGGCACCCAAAGCCCAGUGUACAGAAGGAGGCCACAUGGGCACUGUCCAAUAUCGCUGCUGGCCCAUCUAAGCAAAUCCAGCAGCUCAUCACUUGUGGAUUACUGCCCCCUCUGGUGGAACAACUGAGAAAUGGAGACUUUAAGACUCAGCGGGAGGCUGUGUGGACAGUGACAAACUUCACCAGUGGAGGGACUGUGGAGCAGGUGGUGCAGCUGGUGCAAAGUGGCGCCCUAGAAGCGAUCAUCAACUUGCUGCAGGUCAAAGAUGCCAAAAUUAUCCUGGUCAUUCUGGACGCCAUAAACAACAUCUUCGUUGCAGCAGAGAAGCUUGGUGAGACAGAAAAGUUGUGCUUGCUCUUUGAGGAGUUGGGAGGAUUGGAUCGUGUAGAAGCUCUACAGAAUCAUGACAAUGAGAUGGUGUACCAGGCUGCUCAUAGCCUCAUAGAGAAGCACUUUUCAGAUGAGGACCUUGAGACUCUUGCAGUAGAAACUACAAAGGAAACAUUUGUAUUUCAGAGUCCUAAUGUUCAGAAAGCUUUUGAUUUUUAACAUUGUGUCAAAAUAAAUAAAAUGUAACGCUUUAUAUCAUCCCAUCUGCAUUUUUACAAAAUUCCAAUUAACAUGACGUGGUGCUUCAAAAUGGGUAUUGCUAAUAUGUGUUCCCUUUUAUUCUACACCUUAAGUUUUGUGGCGCUUAAUGCUUGGCUCAUUUUAACCAAAUUUGCAAAGAGUGGAUAAGGGGGAAUAGAAAAAUGAUGUGAAACUAUGGGAGCCGCAAUAAAGAUCCAAUAUACAGUGGUCAAGCACUGGUCAGAUCUCGUUUGAUUUUCUUGGCUCUGGGUCUUAAAGGCCUUCAAAUUUCCAUAAUACUUUAAAUGGUGCAGGAUUAUAUAAAUACUAUUUAAUAGGGCAAUGCUAUUGGACAACACAUUUGAGCUGCCUCCAGUGUUUUACGAAUGUUAACUGAAUUAUCUAAAUUUGCAUUAAAAUGUGAUGCGACCGUUACUACAGCCCUUUCUCAAUUUACACUUGAACGUGUCACUUGUGUUGAAAUAUUGUAAAGCAGAACCGAGACCAAAUAAAGUUCCAGUACAUUUGUACG